UAUCAUCAAUCUGUCAUCUAUGGAUCUAGAGAUGAAUCAACUAUUUAGCUACCAUUGUCUUCUCUCCAGUUAACCAUCGGUUUAUAUUUUUUCUAUCUAGAGAUGAUCAGCACCUAUGUAUUACUGUGUAUAUGUGUAAAAAUUACUUAAAGUCUAUUAUAUGUUCGGCUUGCAGAUGCCAACAUGGCCAGGCUCCCAGGAGAUGUGUAUGAAGAAUCAGACUGUGUCUGUUCCUAUGGAAUGAAAAUAACCUGGGAUAUCAAUGAUCCAAAGCUGCCUCAGGACUUGAAGCAGUUAGACAGCUUUCAAGAAUGGACAGAUGGUUAUGUGAGAUUUAUUUACAAUGCAGAGGACAAGAAUGCCCAGCGCCAUUUAAGUGGUUGGGCCAUGAGAAACACCAACAAUCACAACUGUCAGAUCUUGAAGAAGUCUUGCCUGGGAGUGGUGGUUUGCAGUCGCAAUUGUACAUUGCAAGAUGGUGGCAAAUUACAGCUCAGACCAGCUAUAUGUGACAAGGCCCGUCAGAAACAGCAAAAAAAAAUCUGCAGCAACUGCAACUCUGCCCUGGAACUGAUCCCUUGCCGAGGCCACAGUGGUUAUCCGGUGACUAAUUUCUGGCGACUGGAUGGAAAAGCUAUCUUCUUCCAAGCAAAGGGAGUCCAUGAUCAUCCUCGACCAGAAAGUAAAUCAGAGACAGAAGCCAGGAGAAGUGCAGUAAAACGUCAAAUAUCUUCAUCUCAUCUGUCACUGAAAAAGAAGUUUCUGGACCCUGAGGUGGGAAGAUACAAUGACAGUUGUGGUCAUUUCCCAAACAUACACCCUAUAGCUUGCAUAGAUGGAACAGAUCGGUUUGGUCUUGUGAAUGAUGGAUAUGUUCCUGUUCCAGCCCAACAUUAUCCUUCUAUUCAAAGUGCUGAGCCUUACAAGCCCUCAUAUGACACUGUGGGAUAUCAGGGAGAGUCAUCAUUUCAAAAAUGCUCCAAUGCACGGAUAUAUAUGCCCCGAACGCCAUGCUAUGAAUUUUCUGUGCCUGGAUAUAUCAAUUCUAGUUCGUACCCUACACUUUAUAAGGAGCCACUAGGAAAUCUUUCUGAUACUGAUCACGUUCAGUUAAAUGGUAAUCAUCAAAACUUAGGUGAGAGGAGCUAUGAUAGCCCUCCAAAGCUUCAUGGAUGGAAACAGAUUUUUGGUAAAUCUGCCUAUGGAGAGAGGAAUGAUUAUGGACAAAUUCAGACAAACACUGGUCAUCCCUAUCACAAUGGAGAAUAUCCCUGUAAGUAUGUGAGAACUCCAACUCCAGUUGCUCCAGCCUUACAAACUGUUAUUACCACCACCACCAAGGUAUCCUACCAGCCCUACAAGCCUCCAGAUGUGAAAUAUAGUGAGAAUUCAUGCGACGUCAAAGCAUUACAAAACUAUGCACACAUUCAAGACAGUAUCUCAGAAGGUAUCUUUCCAGAGAUUAAAACUCAAGAUGACUUUGGACUCGUCAAAACUGCACUUGGCUAUCAAGACCAGUUUCCUACAAAGUGUGAGAGAAUGGACAACCUUGACUUUUAUUGCUAUGGAUCCCGCAUGGGGAAUAGCUUUAUAGGACAACCUUACAGAUUUGAAAAUUCUGAAUACUGAGAAAAUAACUACAGUAUGCACCACAUCAGCUAAAACUGCUACAAGGAGGCAAAAAAUAAUAAUAAAUGUGUAUCAAACAAACUGUAGCAAUGAAAUUGCUCCUGUAUGUAUCAAAUGGAGGAAAUAUUUAGAAAUAUGUAAUAUUUUUAAUGAAAAGGUAUGUAAUGAAAGCUUGAAUUAAUUUUAGCCUCGGUAACUUGGAUACAUGUAUAUUUAUAAAGUAACUGCAAACACAGCAUACACCAAACUGCUUCAGUAACUUGCUCUGAAGGUCAUUGUGUUCUUAUUUAUUAACUCCACAUGGUUUCACAAUUAAGACAUUUGUAGAAAUUUUGUAAUUUAUGUGCUAUAUAGGUAUUGUGAGUGCUGCAGUUUGAAAUUUGAAUGUAAAAUAUGUUAUGAUAUAUUUAUGUCACAAGAUAUACCUCAAACACAUACAGUAACAUUAGUAGAUCUCAUCAUUCAGUAUUGUACCCACGCAUUGUACAGUAUAUAGCAGAUUUUGUGGAAGAUGUAAAUGCUUGUGUUUUGAAUAUAGAAUAUAUUAAUAAAAACUUAAGCUAUUUA